CUCAGAUUUGUUCUAAUUUGCUGCCAUUUAUCCAGCUGCUGUUGGUGACGGAAUGCCACCACGGCCUAUCUGCUGCCAAGCUUUAUUCCCGCCGAAGGCUUUGAACCACCUUGUAGACGACUCACCCACAUAAAACACAUGGCGUAUAAAGAGUAGAUCACAUUCUCAGUGUCAUGAUGGCCAAAUGUUUUCCACCCUCUUCCGUCCACUAACAACUCCCACCGCCGGUAAAAAUGAAGCUAAUCCCCCUUAUUCUUCCCUCCUACUUGGCCAGCGCUCAGGCUCUAGGCCAACGCCUGAAUUUCACCGUCGACGCAACCGGCCGCGGCUGUCCACCGGGCUCUGUAUCGGCUGCCAUUUCCCCUGACGCCCAGGUCAUGACUUUUGGUUUCGACAAGCUCCAAGCUUACAUCGGCCCAGGUUACGACCUUGCUGCAAGAACAUCAAACUGUGGAGUCCAUAUCACGAUCAAUCAUCCAAACAGCCACGUGCAGUAUGCUGUUGUUGAGAACACCUAUCACGGCUAUGAGCAUCUGGACAAAAGUAUCACUCUCACGCUCCUGUCAACGUUGUAUCGCUCGGACAACGCGGGGCAGGUGAUGACUACAUCGGCCGCUAUUCCGGGUUCAGGCGUGGGCCAGACAUUCACCAGGACGGUGGCUGUUCCGGAGACCGAGUACCUGUGGUCAACAUGUGGGAGCAUUUCGACUCGGUGGAUGUUGAGUGAAAGAAUUUCAUUGACGAGCAGGGAGAGAGGUGUUGAGGGAAAGUUUCAGGAUGAGGACGAGGGUGUUGUACCGCUGACGAGGCAGCUGCGGCUUCUGAUAUCACCAGUGCAACUGAGAUGGUCGAUGCUUGGGAAUGUAUAUUGCCUUUUGUUUAAUCUUCAUGCCGAAGGCCCUAUGCUGAGGCUUAGCAAUGGAAACAAAAUUGCUGUAGCUCUCUCUUUCUUCGUUCCAACGCUAUCUAAGCAACUAAUGCCUGGUGAUCAUCUUCACAGACUGGACGUGCUCCAAAAUGCUUGACACUGA